AAAAAAGUUUAAUAAUGGAUAACAAGAGCUUGAGCUCAACAUUAAUCAAACCAUUUGAGCUGCUCAGCACUGCUCAAUCUUGUAUUUUUGGCUUCCAUGAUUUCAAAUAACUCAAUAGAGUUGAGUUGGAGCAGAAAAGCUUCUGAAGAAGCUGCAGCUGUUUUAUCACUAUCUUGUUCUGGCCAUGGAAAAGCUAAUUUGGAUGGCCUGAUUUCAGAUGAUGGCACACCAGUUUGUGAAUGCAACGCUUGCUAUAGUGGCCCCGAUUGUUCACAAUUUAUCGCAGAUUGUGUCUUAGGUGCUGAAGGUGGCAACCCAUAUUUCCUAGAGCCAUUUUGGAGACAAAAUGCGGAAAACAGUGCGGUAACGGUGCCUGGAUGGCAUAGAAUGGGACAUGAGUAUGAUGAUGGUUCACUAAUUUCCAAACAACUAGAAAAGAUAAUCCGCAAUUUGCAUAUUGUGGUUGGAAAUGCAGUCACAGAUGGAAAAUAUAUUGUGUUUGGAGUUGGAUCAACUCAGCUUCUCAAUGCAGCAGUCCAUGCUCUCAGUGCUGAUGAUUCAUCGUCAACCCCUACAAAGGUUGUUGCUGCUGCACCAUAUUACCCGUUCAAGUUUGAUGGAGAUACAACUCCAUGGAUCAAUAAUUCAAGUCCCUCCAUGAAUUUUAUAGAAAUCGUUACUACACCUAGCAACCCAGAUGGUCAGCUCACCAAGGCUGUCAUUCACGGCACAAAUGUCAAGCAUAUUCAUGAUCUAGCUUAUUAUUGGCCUCAGUAUACUGCAAUUCCAUCUGCAUUAGACGAAGACCUCAUGAUCUUCACACUCUCAAAGGUCACUGGUCAUGCAGGCAGUCGAUUUGGGUGGGCUAUAAUCAAGGAUAAGGUUAUUUAUGAACGAAUAGUGAAUUAUGUGGAGCAGACUACGUACGGAGUUAGUAGAGAAACUCAGUUGAGAACUUUGAAGUUGCUUAAUGUGGUGUUAGAAGGAAAUGGAAGGAGAUUGUUUGAAUUUGGGAAUGAUACUAUGAGUUUCCGCUGGGAAAUUUUAAGCACUAUUUUCUCAGCGUCCAAAAGAUUCUCCCUUCAAGACCGCAAUGCAGAAAUUUGUACGUUUUCGAAAGAUGCUCGGGCACCUACUCCUGCUUACGCUUGGAUUAGAUGUGAAAAUGAAGAAGAUGAAGAUUGCCGUACUGUUCUCAUUGGGGAAGCAAAUAUCAUAGGGCGGACAGGUUACGACUUCGGUUCAAAAAGGCGUUAUGUACGUCUUAGCUUAGUUAGCAGCCAAGACGAUUUUGAUUUAUUGCGGCUUCACCUUGAAGGUUUAUUGUUUCUGGAAAGGAGGACGAAUCUAAUUAGCAAAGGGGGAGACGAAAUUUGA